AUGAAGGAUGCCAGCAAAGCGAAGAAGCUGAAGGUGGCAGACCUGACAAAUAAAUCCCUGCUGGGGCUGUGCUGGGCUCUCCCCACCCUCUUCCUACUCAGCCACGUCUUCGUGUCGAAGUGGUGCCUGGGGCUGGCAGCUGUCCUGUUGGUCUCGUCUGCCGUGAGGAAGUGGUUCCCUUCCCCACCCCUGCCUGCCACCUUAGCCCUGACCGACGGCACCUUCACCUUCUACUUCAACUGGAGCGGCUACGAAGCCCACUACCCUCACCUGCAGCUCUACCGGUGCCAGGAGGUGAUUGCCCGGGAUGACUUGUGCCAGGGAUCCUCCGGGGUGCCUCUGCUGCUCCUGACCAUCAAAUCCCACCCGGUGUCUGGAGGCAUGAGGGCCACCCUGCGCAGCACCUGGGCCCAGCCGGCAGAGCUGGGGGGCUUCCGGCUGCAGCCCCUUUUCCUCAUGGGGUCCACCUUCAACCAGAAGCACCUGGAGCUGGUGGCACAGGAGAGCCGCGUGUUUGGCGACAUCCUGAUGUGGGAUUUCCUGGAGUCCCACCACAACCUGUCGCUCAAGGAACGCUGCUUCCUCCGGUGGGCGCACGGGCACUGCCAGGAGGCGGCCUUCAUCUUCAAAGGAGAGGAAGAUGUUUUUGUGAAUCCCGCGGCCCUGACGAAGUUCCUCCGGCAGACGCCCAACGCCUCCCACUUCAUCCACGGCUACAUCCACUUCCACCCUGCUGUGAAGAGGAUCGGGCGGGAUGCCAUCCCUGUCCCGUUCUUCCCCCUGGCCCACUACCCACACUUUGCCUCGGAAAACGGCUUCCUGGUGCCCGGUGCCGCCCUGCCUGCCCUCUAUCAGGCCUCCCUUUGGUUGCCCACCUUCCCUCUCUGUGGUGCCUACUGGGGCUUCCUAGCCUUGGCUGCCCAGCUGCCCCAUCAGCACAACGGAGACUUCCGGACCUGGGAGAAGACGCAGGACCACCUCACCACCUACCAGCGGUCCCUGGUGGUCCACGGGGUCCCUAGGGAGAGGAUAGAGGAAGUGUGGCAGGAGCUCAGGGGCUCCGUGCAGGGGUGGCCCAAGUAA